CUAAAGUUUCGUGUCUCCGGAAUAUGUUACCAGGACGUCAACAAACCUUGUAAUGCCUGCCGGCAGGUGAUAAUAAUUUAUUGUCUUAAAAUACGCCGCUCUCGGUAUUUUCUCAGGAGAGACAUGGAUUAGUUUUUUCUUAGCCACAUAUCAAUGCUCCGUCCCCAGUGGAACCGGAAAACGAAAACGCGACUCCUUGAUAGUUAAAUUCAGCAUGGAGCAAGAAGUCAAAUUGCUGGUAGUAUUAUGGACGUUUCUCGGCCUCACCACUGUGACAGUGGGACUACGAUGUUAUGUGCGCUUGGCAAUAGCGAAGUCUUUUGGUGUUGAUGACUGGUUUAUGGUUAUUGGCUAUGGUCUCUUUGCGUCUCUCGUCGCUGUACUUGUUGUCUCGAUUCAUUAUGGACUUGGUAAACACGCACUUGAUCUGGAGUCAUACCAGCAAAUUAAUGCUGCAAAGUACUUGAUUAUUGGAGAAUUAAUAUACAUCAUCGAUUCUGGAUUUAUAAAGAUCAGCGUCGGAUUGCUCCUACUUCGCCUUGCUGUUGUGCCUAUUCAUCGAUACAUACUUCACGCCUCUAUUUACAUUCUAGCUCUGUGGACCACGGUCACCUUUCUGAUCGUAGCCUUCCAGUGCCGCCCACUUAGUCUGGCAUGGAAUCCUGCCUCUGGGACUGGAACCUGCAUGGCGGCCAUAUCUAUCACAAGACUCGGAUAUGCCUUCUCGGCAUUGGAUAUUGGUUCCGAUUUUCUGUAUGCGUUCUUGCCAGUGGCAAUGCUAUGGAACAUUCAGAUGACCUGGAAGUUGAAAUUCUCGAUUUGCAUUGUCCUCAGUUUCGGCAUCUUUGCAAGUGUUGCAACUAUUGUUCGCCUCAAAUACCUAAUUGCUCUCACUGACGAGGCCGAUGUAUUGUUCGCGAUUUGCAUUACCCAAAUGUGGACGAUUAUCGAAGUUGGAAUUGGCAUGGUAGCAGGAUCGAUCGCCACGUUGCGUCCACUGCUCAGGAAGAUGAACAUUACCGGGCUUGGAAGCAGCGACCAAUAUACCAGAGAGUCGAACUAUAAGUCUCAGGAGCUUGGAUAUAUCAAACAAUCCAAGUUAAACACACAGUCAUCUACCACCAAAGUAGCGGCUAACCUAGGCCAAGACAACGACAGUCAAGAGCUCAUUUGGGGGGAGGACCGGGACAUUCACAAGAGAGUGGACGUAUCCAUCUCACGGACACAGUGA